AUGCCUACAUUAGGUGAUAGUCUGCCUCUGAUCAAGAACACGGUGGUGACGGAGGUGCCAGCGGGAUCCACCGCAGUGCUGUCCUGCAAUAGCAAUGACUAUGACCACAACUUCAUGUUUUGGCUGUUUGAUAAAAACAAAGUGAUUGGUCCCGGCAAUGACUAUGAUGAGAGGAAAUACAAAUAUGAAGUGCUCUCUGGGAAGCUGCACAUUGAUAGUGUGUCACCAGCAGAGUCUGGCUACUACAAGUGUGUCUCCAAGAAGCUGGAUGGCUCAGCCCUCACUGUCGGAGAGGUGGAGAUGAUAGUGAAGGGAUCUGCGUUCAAUGCUAUAGAUGCUGUCAAACUGGUCGCCAUUGUGGUCUCAAUCAUUGUGAUCAUUGGAUGUGCUGUCAUAUACUGGAGAAUGAGGAAAGAUUGGAACAAAUAUGAUGGCAGAACAGUGGUUCCAGUUGACGAAGCAGAUGAUGACGAUGAAGGUGGUGAUGAGGUCUACAACCGCACCACAACGUCUAUACCAUCCACUGCCCCUGGCCCCAGCAGAAACGUGUCUUCAGACCAGCUCCUUUAUGGCAUAGACAACCAGGGUCUGGACACUGACUUUGCAUCAGUCUUUGAGAACAUACAAAUAAAAUCUCCACAGCAAAGAAGUCUGAUUUAGAUAGCUAGAGUAAUUUUGAUGGUGAGAGUACUUAUGUAGCUUUAAGAACAAAGUUGCUUUUACAUUGACAUGAGUGUAAAUCUGUAAAUAGUGUAGAGUGUAAAUUAAAUUCUAGGUGCUAAGUAGUUAGUAAUCAAUAUUGUUUAGGUAGAUUAGGGAUUUCAAAGUGUAUUUAAUUUGUAAUAAGAUUUUCUACUGUCCUAUGUUGAUACGUAUUUCCAAUAAAACCAUGGGAGUUACAAAAUGA